AUGACUGACUUGUUCAAACCAGAAAACUUUCCACCACUCAAAAACGAUCUUAUCCUUCGUGUUUCUCGAGGCGAAAAGGUAGAACGAACACCCAUAUGGAUUAUGAGACAAGCAGGACGAUAUUUGCCAGAGUUCCAAGAGGUCAGAAAGAACCACAGCUUUUUUGAAAUUUGUCGCACACCUGAGCUUGCCUGUGAGUUGACACUUCAGCCUAUUGACCGUUACGGCACACUUUUGGACGCGUCGAUUAUCUUUUCAGACAUUCUGGUUAUUCCUCAAGCAAUGGGUUUAGAAGUACAAAUGGUCGCAGGCAAGGGUCCUGUGUUUCCCGCACCCCUGGAAACGCCCGCCGAUUUUUCUCGUUUGACAGAAAAGGUGGAUGUCGAAAAGGAAUUGGGAUAUGUCUAUAAAGCAAUCACUCUCACUCGUCAUAAAUUGGAAGGCCGUGUUCCCUUGUUUGGUUUCAUCGGUGCUCCUUGGACAUUGAUGGCAUACAUGAUCGAAGGUGGAGGAAGUAAGACACUGUCAAAGGCAAAGAGUUGGUUGUGGAAAUACCCCAAGGAAUCGCAUGAUCUGUUACAGCGUAUUACCGAUAUUGCUGUUGAAUUUUUGGUGGGUCAAGUAAAAGCAGGUGCUCAGAUGCUUCAAGUGUUUGAAUCAUGGGGUGGCGAACUCUCUCCUCAAGAUUUCAAGGAAUAUUCUCUUCCAUAUAUUCGACAAAUUUCCAAAAGAGUGAAAGAACAGCUGGGCGAGGACAACCAAGUACCAAUGACUAUCUUUGCCAAAGGGUCAUGGUACGCCCUUGAGGAUUUAUCAGAAUCGGGUUACGAAGUUGUUUCACUUGAUUGGACGGUUGAUCCAGUGUAUGCUCGCAAAGUGACGAAGGAUAAGGUUGCCUUACAAGGUAAUAUGGAUCCCAAUGUUUUAUAUGGAGGAUUUGAUGCUAUCCGCGAGAUUGCUACUCGCAUGGUACAUGCGUUUGGUAAAGAUGGUAGACAUAUCGCAAAUUUGGGACAUGGUAUCUUGCCAACUGUUGAUCCAGAAGCUUUAAGAGUAUACCUCGAAACCGUACAGAAGGUUUCAGCAGAGAUCAAAUCUGCAUAA